AUGGGUGAUACAGGGAGCGAAGAGAGGGAAGGGAAGGGAAAGGGCGAAGGGCGGUAUGGCGUUCGGGGUGAAGGAAGAGAUCGAGGAAGAAGAAGGGGAGACAGAGCCGGCGGAGGAAGGAUGGAUGGAAAGAAGGGUGAAGUUGGGGACGGAGUGGUGGAUGAUAGUGGGGGUGUAUGUAAACGGGGACAUGGAGAGGAAAAAGGAGCUGAUGAGCCGGUGGAUGGAAAGAGCAGGGGGGGGAAGGUGGUGAUUGGGGGAGAUAUGAACGUGAGAACUGGAAGGGAAGGCGGAGGUUGGGACGGAUGGUGGGUAGGGGAGAGGAAAGCGGUGAGGAGUUCAAGGGACGAGAUAGGGACGAAGGAAGGAAAAGAUUGGUGCAAGUUCGUGAAUGAGAGAGGAUGGAGGAUAGUGAAUGGAAGUGUGGAGGGGGAUAGAGAGGGGGAGUGGGCGUUUGUGGGGGGAAGGGGUAAGUCGGUAAUUGAUUACGUGGUAGUGGGGGAGAAAGUGUGGGAAAGAGUGAGGAAAUUGGAAGUGGUGAGUAGGGUGGACUCCGACCACAUGCCGGUGGUAGUGUGGCUCAAGGGGAGGGGGGGAAGAAGAGGGGCGAGUAAGAAGGGAGUGGGGAAGAGGAAGGAGGGAAGAGGAGUGUGGACAGAGAAGGGAGUGGAGAAGUUUCAAGAGGAAUUUGGGAGAUGGGAAUGGGAUACAGAGGGGGUAGAAGAAGGAUGGGAGGUAAUGAGGGGGAGAAUACAGAGGGCGAUGAGAAAGGCUGAGGAAGAGCGGGCGGAGGGGCAGAGGGGGGGAUGGUGGGAUGAGGAAUGUAGAAGGGCAAAGGAAGAGGCGAGAAGGGAGCUGGAGAGGUGGAAGAGAGAGGGAAAAGAAGAGGAAAGGUACAGGCGAGAGAAGAGGAAGUUCAGGAGAAUAUGUGAAGAAAAGAAAAUUGAGGAGAGGGAAAGGUGGGAAAGAGAGAUAGAGGAGAUAAGGACGGAGGGUCAGGUAUGGGAGGUAGUCAAUAGGGGGAGGAGGAGGAGAAAGGGGGUGAAUAAAAAGAUAAGAAGAGAAGAAUGGGAUAGGUACUUUAGAGAGGGGCUGGGAGGGGUAACAGAAAGAAGGGCGAGACUAGGGGAAAGGAGGAGGGAAGGAGAGGACGAAGAAGAAACGGUGAUAACAACGGAAGAGGUGAAGAAGGCUAUAAGGAAGUUAAAGGACAGAAAAGCGAUGGGGGAGGAUGGAAUUCCGAACGAAGUAUGGAAGUACGGAGGGGAGAGGGUGGUGAAUAGCCUGAAGAGGAUGUGCGAGAAGGUGUGA